CUGAGGAUGGCUGCGCCUCCCUCCUUCCCGCUGCUGGUCGAGGGGUCCUGGGGCCCCGACCCCCCGAGAAACUUGAGCACCAAAUUGCAGAUGUACUUCCAGAGUUCCAAGAGAUCCGGCGGCGGGGAAUGCGAGGUGCGCCCUGUGCCCGGGACCCCGCCUCGCUUCUUGGUGCUGUUCUCCCCCGAAGACGUUCGGAAUAGAGUUUUGGAGAAAGAGAACCAUGAGUUGGCAUGGCCAGGAAAUGGACCAUUUAAAUUAAUUCUCAAGUUGCCCACAACCAUACCUGAAGCUCCUGAUGUCAAUGUUGUGCAACUUCCAACAAAGUUUCAGAAAUUCAAAUCUAAAGACAAUGUCAAACAGCCAGAUGCGUCAGAAGAAAUGGAUGAAACUCAUUCUGUCAAUAAAAGAUCAGAAAACAGUGAAGAUACCACAAAAGAACCUAUUUCAUCUUUGGUUGCAUUUGAAAAUCUCGGUAACACUGUCACCGAUUUGAUGUUGAUCUUGUUAGUGGAGAAUACAAGUGAACUGACCAGUGAUGACUUUCAAGUAGAAGUGAUAAGAGAUUUUGAAGUUGCGGUGGUGACCUUUCAUAAAAACAUAGAUAUCAUGAAAUUUAUUGAUGAUUGUGCCAACCACUCUAUAGUGAAAAGCCUUCAGCUUUCCCCAAGACUUCUAGAAGUAACAAAAACAAUCAGAGUUGAAAACUUGCCACCUGGUGUUGAUGUUCAGAAUUUAAAAGGUUUAUUUGAAGAUCCUUUGAAUGGAGGAGGAAGAGUUUUGAGAGUUGAUUGUUUUCCUGAAGAGAGUUCAGCUCUGAUUGAAUUCUAUGACAGGGAAGUCCUAGACACCAUCUUGACCAAGAAAAUUGACCUGGAUAAUGUGCCACUCUCUAUGUUCCCAUACUAUACCUCACUGGGCACAGCCUUGUAUGGAAAGGAGAAGCCUCUGAUUAAACUUCCAGCACCAUUUAUAGAAUCAUUGGACCAUCUCUUAUGGAAAUUCUUGAAGAAAAAUAAUCACUUGAUGGAGGAGAUACUUUCUGAAAUGGCACAAAGUCACUGUGAGAUAACUUGGUCUGAACUCAGUGGGGAAAUUACCAUCAGACCUGCAGCCACCUUAGUCAAUCAGGGAAGAAAAAAAAUCAAGACCUGGCAGAAGGAUAUUUCCACAGCAUUAUCUAACCUCAGGUCCAAAUACAAGAUCACCUCAUUCGAAGUGGACCCAAUUGUGUGGGACACCAUCAAAAUCAAUCUAAACGAUGAUUAUCUUUUGAUUGAGUUCGAUACAGUUUUAGAGACAGUCACUUUAGUAGGGAGAUCAGAGGAUGUAGAAUACUUUGAGCCACAAAUGAAGGAAUUAAUAGAAGGAGCCACUGAAAUAAUUAAAAGAGAACAGCAAAUUCUGAGGGAGAAACUGGCCAUUACUCCAGGCAAAUAUUGCCUGUUGUGCCAAAGUGGGACACUGGAGCAUUACCACACCGAGUUCCCAGAAAUGGAGAUGGUUUAUGAUGAAGCAUCUCAGAACAUGUGCUUCAAAGGACUCCCUGUAGAAGUAUAUAAAGUUAAGUGUGAAAUUCAGGAAAAAGUGUAUAGCAUGUCUCAGAAGAUAGUUCAGGUUCCCUCUGAGGUUUUUCAAUUUCUGCAACGAGUAAAUUGUGCAGAAUUUUCCAGGUCUCUUUUUAUAGAACAGAACAUUCUUGCAAUUUUCGAGCUACAGUCUACAACUCUUCUCUUAAUUAGCUGUUCUUCCCAAGUCCUAGAAGAAGCUGAAAUGCAACUGAUGAGUGCUUUAAGUUUUAAGCGCCUAGAGGUUGAAGACAGGAAAGUUCUUGAUGGCAAAAAUUGGAAAGGGCUCACCAGCCAUUUGCAGAAAGACCACAGUUCCUCCUUGGAGUCUGUGAUAAUCCAAGAGAUAACUUCAGAAACCACUGCCGAGGUCAUCAUAGCAGGCUGUGCGAAAAAAGUAGUCCAAGUCCAUGCCUCACUGUUUGAUUUUCUUGAAAAACACACAAUAAUUGAGAGGUCGAUUGAAGUUAAGCCUUCUUUAGUUUUGUAUUACUUAAAGUCAGAAAGGAAAGCACUCUGGCAAAAGUUAAAGUCAAAAAAUGUGCAGGUACAAUAUAAUCUGGAGAGCAGCCCCAGAAGCAUUUUACUUACUGGCCCUAAAAGCCAAGUUGGGAACACAAUUAACCUUGUCAAGGAAGCCCGGGACUCAGUCUGUGUUAGAAGCAUCCAGAUUGACAAGCCAGGAGUCAGAGAAUUCUUCCAGGAAAAAGCUUGGGUUUAUAGAAGUGAGGUGAAAAAGCGAUUUGGUUGUUUUAUUGAACUUGAAGAGAAAGAAGAAAAUGCAGUUAGCAGCAACAGGCAGGACUGUUACCUCAAAACAGAGUUGGCUCCCGGGGUCACACUGAUUGUGCAACAGGGUGAUCUGACCCUGUUUCCAGUGGAAGUGGUGGUGAAUGCAGUUAAUGAGGACCUCAAACACAUUGGCGGCCUUGCAGCUGCUCUUUCCAAAGUUGCAGGCCCUGAGCUCCAACUGGAUUGUGACCGGAUAGUGAAGAGCCAGGGCAAGGUUCUUCCAGGCUCUGCCAUCAUCUCCAAAGCAGGAAAACUCCCAUUUAGCCAUGUGAUCCACGCAGUAGGACCCAGAUGGGAGAAGGAUAAGGCCAAGAAGUGUACAGAUACGUUAAAGAGAGCUGUGCAAGAGAGCCUACGUUUGGCUGAAAACCACAAGUACCAAUCCAUUGCCAUCCCUGCUAUUAGCUCUGGUGUCUUUGGUUUUCCCAUACACCAAUGUACAGAGACCAUUGUUUCAGCCAUCAAGGAAAACUAUCAACUUGAAUGGGAAGGACACACUUUAAAAAAGAUUUAUCUCAUAGAUAUUACUGAGAAUGCUGUCAAGGCUUUUGCUGAAGCUGUGAAAACUCAAUUUAAGUACUCCUUGCCUGGUACAGCUUCCAAGUCCAGUAAUCCAGACACCAUCCAGCCAGACUUAAAGAAGAAUCAUGAAGACAGAAAAGUCCUGUGGACUCCAACAGGCCUAAUGGUCGUGAUGGUUAAAGGAGAUGUGCAGAAUGCAACGACUGAUGUUAUUGUCAACUCCAUAUCCUCGGAUCUUGAGCUUAAGAGUGGAACACUUUCUCAGGCCCUCUUGAAAGAAGCUGGGCCAGAACUCCAGAAUGAAGUGUACAGAACUGUAAAAUUAGUGACUGUGAAUGUGGGCACAGUUCUUCAAACCAGUGGUUGUAAUCUCCCUUGCAAGCAUGUACUUCAUGUGGUACUUCCAGAUUGGAUGGAUGACAGCACAUCUUCACACAAGAUCAUGGAAGACAUAAUUAGAAAAUGUUUGGAGAUCACUGAGAGAUUGUCUUUAAAAUCAAUUGCAUUUCCAGCAAUAGGAACAGGAAAUUUGGGCUUUCCUAAAAAACAUUUUGCUAAGUUAAUCCUCUCUGAAGUGUUAAAAUUUAGUGGCAUGAAUCCAGCAACUACGUUAAAAGAAGUUCAUUUUCUGCUGCACCCAAGUGAUCAUGAAAAUAUACAGGCAUUUUCAGAUGUAUUUUCCCAAACGAAUAGUGGAAAUUUCCUCAGUGAAAAAAGUGAAAAUCAGACUGCAGAUACAGAUGCACAAGGUUUCUAUGGAAAUAUUUCUAGCCCUAACAUAGGAGUGCAUCAAAUGAAGAUUGGCCCCAUUACCUUCCAGGUGGCCACAGGAGACAUCACCAAAGAAAAGGCAGAUGUGAUUGUAAAUUCAACAUCAAAUUCAUUUACUCUCAAAGCAGGUGUUUCCAAAGCAAUUUUGGAAGGAGCUGGAAAAGAUGUGGAAAUGCAAUGCUCUCUGCAAGCUCAACAAAGCAAUAAUGGUAAUAGUAAUUAUAUUGUUACUGACGGUGGAUUGUUGAGAUGUAAGAAUAUUGUUCAUGUCAUUGGUGGAAAUGAUAUCAAGUAUUCUGUUUCCUGUGUUUUACAAGAAUGCGAAAAACGAAAUUAUUCUUCCAUUUGCCUCCCCGCUAUAGGAACAGGACAGGCCCGUCAAGACCCAGUCCAAGUUGCUGAUGCCAUCAUUGAGGCCAUUGAAAACUUUAUCAGAAAAGGACAUGUCCACUCCAUGAAAAAUGUUAAAGUUGUUCUGUUUCAACCUCAAUUAUUAGAUAAAUUUUAUACUAGCAUGAAAAAAAGAGAAGGAUCUUCGGUUUCUCCACAGAAGUCUCUGAUAUCAAAAGUUACAUCAUAUAUUAGCAAUUUAAUGCAAAAAGAACCCAAAAAGGAUCCAUUGGUUUUAAAGAAGAAAACAGAACCAGUAUUUUUUCAGGUGUGUGGUGAUGAUAUAAAACAAGUGGAAUGUGCCCUCUCAUGGAUAAAGGAUCUGAUUAUAAAGGAACAAUAUUCUUUUAGCUUUAAAGAUGAGUGUAUCAAAGACUUUGAUGAAAAAGAAUUUCAGGAAUUGAAUGAAUUACAGAAGGGAUUAAAUAUUACCCUAUCACUGGAUAUUAAUAAACUUUCCAUUGAUAUUGAGGGCAUUAGCAGAGAUGUAAUGGAGGCUAGAAAUAAAAUUGAGUUAAUAAUUAAGAGAUUUAUAUUGGAGAAAGAAGAGAAAUCUCGAGCAGAUUCUAUCAGUGAAUUUGUUGAGUGGCAAUAUAACUACAAGAAUAAUUUUCAUCGUUUUAACAACUUAACUAAUUUGCAAUUGGAAGAUGCAAGGAGAACAAGGAAAAAGACAGUUAAUGUCAUGAUUAAAGAUCAGAAAUACACAGUGGACUUGACUACAAAUAUGGCCACAAAUGCAAAAGGAGACAUUUUGGCUAUUCAACGGCUCAAUAAAGCUGAAGUCGAGAUUCCUUCACAUUGGAGUGAUAUGCAGCAGCAGAAUAUCUGCGUGGUUGACCUACCGUCUAAUCAUCAGGAAUACAUCGCUGUGGCAAAUAAAUUUAAUCAGACCUGCUCAGCCUUCGUCAUUGAGAAGAUUGAGAGGAUCCAGAAUAUAGAUCUCUGGAAUAGUUACCAGAUGAAAAAGAAAACCAUGGAUGCCAAGAAUAGCAAUAUAAUAAAUGAGAAGCAGCUCUUCCAUGGGACAGAUGUAGACUCCGUACCGUAUGUCAAUAGAAAUGGCUUUAACCGCAGUUAUGCUGGUAAAAAUGGUAAGGAGGCAACUCAUUUAGUUCUCUGACACCCAGUCAAGCCAAAAUGGUAAGGAGGCAAGUCAUUUGGUUUCCAUGA